AUGGCGAUUCGGAUAGAGCAGGGGCCUGAGUCCACCGUGGCGGAGCUCGUCCGCCUUGCUGAAGAGAAGGGCGGUCGAGUAAUGGCCGACGUGGCCACUAACCUCAUCUCAAUCGUUAUGCUAGUUUCUAGCACCAGGUGCUGGGAGGUUUUAUAUUGCUGCUUUUCCCUUGUCCGACAAGCCCAAGAAGGGAUUGGUGCCGAGAAAGUCAACGAUAUCUCGAAUCUGCAGACCGCAAUCUCGAAUCUUCAAACCCCAAGUAUCAUUGUGGAUUUCCUAGAUGAAUCAAUAAACUAUAAAACUAAGAGAAUAUGUACCAGGUCAAGGCUUUCCCGAGCCUCCCCACUGGUUAGAGCAGCACUUCCCACAAGUGGCACUAUUCACUUCUCCGGUUCCCAAGGCUCGUUCUCCGCCCAACGGCCUGGGGCGCAUGGUUAUGCGCGGAAUAUAUAUCUGGGGACUAAGUUUGAACGGCGAUGA